AUGGACCCAGAGUGCGCCCGGCUCCUCCCGGCUCUCUGUGCCGUCCUGGCAGACCCCAGGCAGCCCGUGGCAGAUGACACUUGUUUGGAGAAGCUGCUGGACUGGUUUAAAGCAGUCACUGAAGCAGGGUCCAGUCUCCUGUUACUGCAGGAAAACCCCUGCCUGGUGGAGCUGCUCUUCCAUGUGCUGAAGCCCCAGGACCUGAGUUCCAGAAUCCUGUCCUUCGCACUCCGCCUCGCAGGGACGUUUGCAGCCCAGGAGAACUGCUUCCAGUACCUUCAGCAGGGGGAGCUGCUGCCCGGGCUCUUCGGGGAGCAGGGCCCCCUCGGGGCAGCGGCCUGGGCGGCCCCCACCGUGCGCAGCGGCUGGAUCCAGGGCCUGCGCUCCCUGGCUCAGCACCCCAGUGCCCUGCUCUUCCUCGCCGACUCGGGUGCUGUUGACACCAUCUUCUCCCUGCAGGGAGACCCCAGCCUGUUCGUGGCCUCCGCUGCCGGGCAGCUGCUGGUGCAUAUCCUGGACUUGGCCACGCGCGGCCCCGCCGAGGGGCACGGCCGCCCGCAGGCCCAGGACUGGCCGGCGUGCGCCCAGAGGGUCGCGUGUCACCUCGAAGACUGCCUGUGCUCCGAGGCCGCCCCGCGGGUCACGCAGGCCCUGCACGUGCUGACUACCGCGUUCGGGCACUGCCACGGCCUCUGGACGCAGGGCCUUUGGGUGCAGCUGAGCCCCCUCGUGGCCCGCCUGCUUGAGAAGGACCCCAUGCCAGCCCCCCACGCGCUCGUGGAGCUCCUCCUCAGCGUGGCCCGCUCUUCCGUGCCCAGCUCUAACCCUGGCCUGUGGGAGACUGCAGCACAGACCCUCAGCCGCCUGAGCCCCAUGCAGGCAGGGCCUCUGGCUGCGGGGAUCCUGAAACUGCAGGACUGUCCCCAGGCGCUGAGGACCCAGGCCUUCGGUGUCCUCCUCCGGCCCCUGGCCUGUGUCCUGGAAGCCACUGCUCAGGUCCCCGGAACACCAGGCUUGCUGGAGGGGGCCGCAGGCGACCCGAUGGCCGUGGACACGCUCCCGCCCUCCAAGUCGGCGUGCGUGGGUCUCCUGUGUAGCACGCUGGCCCACCUGGAGCUGCUGCAGCCCCUGCCCCAGCGCCCCUCGCCCUGGCCCCAGGCGCCCCUGCUUGCGGCUGCGGUGACGAUACUGCGGUUCUGCAACGGCUCUGCAGCCCCCAGCUCCGAGGUGGGGGGCCGCCUGUGUACGAUGCUGGUGGGCUGUGUCCGCGUCCAGCGAGCUGCCCUGGAUUUCCUGGGGGUCCUGUCUCAGGGGCUGGGCCCACGGGAGUUGGUGACGCAGGUGUUUGCCGUCCUGCUGGAGUAUCUCAUGAGCCCUGACUCCAGCCCCACGGUUCUGAAGAAGGCCUUCCAGGCCACACUCCGCUGGCUCCUGAGCUCAGCCGUGCCCCCCGGCUGCUGUGACCUAGAGCCCCGUGCCCAGCUGGUUCUCAGAGAGCUGCUGGCUGUGCUGCAGAAGCGCCUGUGUAGCCCCUGCUGGGAGGUGAGGGACUCGGGCCUUGAGUUCCUGACCCAGAUGACCAGACGCUGGGGAGGGCAGGCCGGCUUCAGACAGGCACUGCUGGCCUCGGAGGUGCCCAAGCUCGCCAGCCAGCUUCUGCAGGACCCCGAGAGCUACGUCCGUGCGAGCGCAGUGGCCGCCGCAGGGCAGCUGUCCAGCUGGGGGCUGCUCGCCGCCCCCUCCAGCCCUGAGCACCCGGCCGGCCCACAGAAGACCCCGCUCGAGGAGCUUCUGCUUGUCCUGACCACGGACACAGAGGGGUUCCCCCGGCGGGCUGCCAUGCGGGUCUUCGCAGAGUGGCUGCGGGACGGCCACGUGGCCGUGGCGGAGGACCGGGAGCGGUUCGUGGCCCGAGUGCUGCAGGCGGCGAGCGGGGACCUGGACUGGGAGGUGCGCGCCCAGGGCCUGGAGCUGGCGCUGGUGUUCCUGCAGCAGCUGCUGGGCGCCCGCAGCCCCGGGGCGGCCCCGCCCGGUGCGCUGGCCCAGGCCCUGCGGGUGCUCUGCCGGGUCCAGCUCUUCGAGUUCGCCUUCCGGUCCUUGUUUGACUGUGACCGCCCUGUGGCCCAGAAGUCCUGUGACCUCCUCCUCUUCCUGAGGGCCAAGGCUGCUCCCUCCAGCAGCCCUCAGGAGGCGGGGGACAGUCCCGACGUGGCCCCCGUGGAGGCCGCCCUGCGGAGGUGGCGGGCCGGUGAACAGGGUCAGCCCCUGGGGGAGCUGGCGCCCGAGGCCGUCCUGGCCGUGCUGAGGUCCAUGGACCUAGAGGCCCUUCGGGACACCCUGGCCAAGAGCAGUGAUCACGUGGAGAGGAGCCCCCAGUCCCUCCUGCAGGACGUGCUGGCCACUGUGGGCGUCCUGGGAGAUAACGAGGCCGACUGCUACUGA